CGCACACACACACACACACUCACUGACCACCCGCUUGUGCCCCUCCAGGUGACGAUUCUGAUCAUCCUGGCCUUGGCCUUCCUCGCCUGCAUCGUUUUCCUGGUGGUUUAUAAAGCCUUCACUUACGACCACGCCUGCCCAGAUGGAUUCAUUUAUAAGCACAAGCGGUGUAUCCCGGCCUCUCUGGAGGCCUAUUACGCUGCCCAGGAUGCCAACUCAAGGGGCCGUUUCUACACAGUAAUCAGCCACUACAGCAUGGCCAAGCAGACCACCUCACACUCCGUCUCCCCGUGGCUGCCGGGGGGGGCAGCGGGGCACGAAGCUAAACCCCCGAGCGGCGAAGGCCACUGA